UGUUUGUGGCGUGCACGAUGGCUGUGAACUUGACGACGAUGUGCACUGUUUGCUUAAUUACUCCAAUUGAAUUACUACACAUGUUUAGGAGCAACCCCGAGGCGCACGCCCAAUACUAAUUCAGAGAUACCUUAAGACGUGCUUUUGAUGAUGCACUCUCGCGACACAACUCAAAAAGUGUGGACGUUAGGGAUUGUGUAAGCAUUAUAAUCCCCGGGAAGUCAGGGAGAUUUGCCCAAAUAUAUCUCGUGCGAUCUGAAUGUGGGCAUCACGGAGAGUGCCUUCGCGAGUGAUCAAGGUUUUUACAUAGAGCUGUAAAUCAUCUCGUAUGAUGUUAAUGGAGGAUUAACGCGCCGAUUGUGUGUGUAAUGAUUUGCGUUAAUGCGUAGUGCCAACCGGCGGAAUGAAAGCACACCGAAAGCUGUGUAUUUCUUGGGGAUUCAUCCUUCGGAGAAUGAUGUGGGGUGGAAGAGGAGCAGCCCGGCUUUGGAUUUGGGCCUGUUUACUGGUGACCAGUGUUCUGGCUGGAAAAAGCUCCAAUCAGAACGCAGAUGAGCAGAAAGACAACACCACAGUCUUCACCAGGAUUCUGGACAGCCUCCUCGAUGGCUACGACAACCGUCUCAGGCCCGGCCUCGGAGAGCGUGUAACCGAAGUCAAGACUGACAUUUUCGUGACGAGUAUUGGGCCGGUCUCGGACCAUGACAUGGAGUACACCAUAGAUGUGUUCUUCAGGCAGAGCUGGAAGGACGAGAGGCUGAAGUUCAAAGGUCCCAUGGCGGUGCUCCGUCUCAACAAUCUCAUGGCUAGCAAAAUCUGGACGCCCGAUACAUUUUUCCACAACGGAAAGAAGUCAGUCGCCCAUAACAUGACAAUGCCUAACAAACUUCUGCGGAUCACGGAGGAAGGAACUCUGCUUUACACCAUGAGGCUUACAGUCAGAGCUGAAUGUCCGAUGCAUUUGGAGGACUUCCCAAUGGACGCCCAUGCUUGCCCCCUCAAAUUCGGCAGUUAUGCCUACACGAGGGCUGAAGUGGUGUACGUUUGGACGCGAGGGGCGGCGCAGUCUGUGGUCGUGGCUGACGACGGCUCCCGUCUCAACCAGUAUGACUUGAUGGGACAGACCGUGGACUCGGGUGUGGUGCAGUCCAGCACUGGAGAGUAUGUUGUCAUGACAACACAUUUCCACCUCAAAAGGAAGAUCGGUUACUUCGUCAUCCAGACGUAUUUGCCGUGUAUCAUGACCGUGAUCCUGUCCCAGGUGUCCUUUUGGCUAAACAGGGAAUCUGUCCCUGCCAGAACUGUGUUUGGAGUGACCACUGUCCUUACCAUGACCACCCUGAGUAUCAGCGCCAGAAACUCUCUCCCUAAGGUGGCCUAUGCCACAGCCAUGGACUGGUUCAUUGCCGUUUGUUACGCCUUUGUCUUCUCGGCUCUCAUUGAGUUUGCCACUGUAAACUACUUCACCAAGAGGGGUUACGCCUGGGACGGGAAAAGUGUGGUGCCCGAAAAGCAAAAGAAGAAGAAGGAGUCAUUACUAAAAAAGAACAACACCUACACGGCUGCGACGGCAACAGCGUUUGCUCCGAACAUUGCCAGAGACCCUGGUUUGGCAACUAUUGCUAAAAGUGCCCCCCCUCCACCAACCGAGCCCAAGGAAGAGCCAAAACCCAAACCUCCCGAGGCCAAGAAGACCUUCAACAGCGUGAGCAAGAUCGACAGGAUUGCCAGAAUAGCCUUCCCGCUGCUCUUCGGAACCUUUAACUUGGUGUAUUGGGCCACUUACUUGAAUAAAAAACCCAAAAUACAGGGCGCCCUGCAGCCACACUAAUUCUAUCUCCUCGGUUUUUCAUGUUUCUUUUGUUUUUUUUCUUAUGUUUCUAAACGAUAACAAAAAAAAGUGAAACGAAACUAUUUGUUUCAAUGAUAGUCAAGCUCCCACUUUCAAGUUUGUGUCAACAUAUGUAACAUACUGUAUCUUCCUAUAUGAUGAAGAGAGGAACUGUAUUAUGUACAAACCACUGAACCGGAAGGGAAUUCAUACCUACUAUAUAUACAAACCGACAGAGUAUAUCAGACCUGAGAAAACGCUAUUCUGCAAAUGCACUUAGAAUUAUAGUUUAAAACUCCCUUCCUUAAGGAAUAGUUAACCCAAAAAAAAAGAUUCAGUCAUUAAAUACUUUUCCUCAUGUUGUUUCAAUCCUGUAUGCUCUUGUAGAACACAAAAGAGGACACUUUUUGUCAUUAAAAUGGUAGUUUGUCCCGAAAAGGACAAAUAGUCCAACAACAAGCACCGUAAAAGUAAAAGUAGUCCAUGCAAAUCACGCACUUUAUUCCGAGUCUUCUGAAAUCCUGUUUCUCACAUGAAGCUACCACAUAGAAUUACAGAUGUGUAUGCAGUAUUUUUAUGGCGCUUGUCCUUUUUGGACAUAUGUGCUUACUAUGUUGUUGUAUGUGUAAACAUUUUAAAGUAUCUUCAACUUUUGUGUCGCAGACAAAAAAACAGACGACAGGGUUAAAACAACAUGAGGGUGACAUAAAAAAAACAAAAACAAAAAAAAAAAGCAGGGUGAACUAUUCUUUCAAGAUUCUUUUAACAUAAAAUCUGUUUUUGCAUUACAUUAGCAAUGUACAUGGAAUAAGUUUGCAUGGGUGAAGCUUUCUAUACCCAGUUAAAACAGCUUGAUUUAAACAGUCACGUGUUCCUCUGUUUUCUUUAGCCUGUGUUCUGGAUCUUACGUUAUUUGACCUUAUAUUCUACUAGGGUUCCAUUAACAGCAAUAAAACAUGUCUCAGUGGGGAAAAAAAAAACAAUCAUUUACUCAUGGAUAUAAAAAGUGUAGAGAAAAGAUUAAUGUGUAUAUCAUAAAGCAUACUAUUUAUUUUGUUUUCAUGUAAAUAUUAUGAAAUCUUAGAGAUGUCAAUAUUAAUUUUGAGCUUUGCUAAAUGUAACUACAAGGUACAAACUCAGUGCUUGACGGAGAGAGCGAGUGCGUUGUGUUUCGAUUUGCGCAGAUCAUUGAGGACAUUCGGGUAUAUGAGUAUUUCGUUUAUUUUUAUGUUUUUUUUCCUAGAUCCACUAGUUUCGAUUUACCUUUUGAUGAUUAAGCGUGUGCCGACGCAUUUAAAUGAAAACUAGUGUAAAGAGUUUUUGAAAAGGGACUUAAGUAGAUACUUAGAAAGAAUGUAAACGUCUGUCUUGGUGUCGGAAUGCGAUUUUUGUAUUUAGCAGUAAAAUACUCUUUGUUUAUUUUGGUAGAUGUUUUUUGAAAGAGAAAUUGCGGGAUAUAAAAACGAUGGCACUGGGGUUUAUCACUUCAGCGCUGCUACUCACUAGCGUCGCUUUAAAGUGAACGAGUCGGAGCGGAUCAAGAGUAGUGCCUUGUAUAUAUUUGCAAGUUAAGGAAGUACUUUCUUAGAAGGUGCUCUCUUUGUUUCUUUGAAUUAGAUAUGGGCAACCUUUCAAAAACAUCACUGAAGAAGAAAGUAUCAGCCACACUGCCUUUUGUCUCACAUGCCAUAUAUUCCAUUACAGACAUGUUUAUCACUGCUUGUUAAUGAAAACUAAAAGAAGACAUGUCUAGCUAUUAGCCAUGUAUGUGAAUACACUGUUCUACAUAUGAAUAUGUCUUGUAGUGCUAUAACAAUGCCAAAUUUUUUAUGUUCGUGGCAUGUCAGUUGCUCCUCAAGCACCUAUUGAAAAGAAACCAAACUUAUAAAGAGUAUCCUCUCUAUUUUUGGACUGAGAGAAAAAAAGAAGUUCUCUUAAAUGAGGAACUUUGACAUUAUCAUACUUUACUUUGAUGUAGCAAUAUAGAUUAGUAAGGGCUUUUUUGUGAUGGAAGUGAUAAAAGGCACACCGUUCUGAUCAGUCUGAGUUGCUAUUCUCGAUAUGUUGAUGUAUGCCUGAAAUACAAGAAGCUCUUAUAAGUUGGCAGUACUCCUCUGUUUUUUGUCAAUUUGUUACUUUCUGUGUUUAAAUUGCACUUCUUUCUUUUUCAAAAUGAUGAAUACAUGCACACACAUUUUUAAAUAAUGGAUGUUUUUGGGGUAUGCCACUGGAUCAGGAUAUUUCUGUCGCAUUAUCUGGACUCCGUGAUGCAGAUAAAUGUCAUGUUACCCCUCUUUCUUUUAUCCUUUGAUCUUCACAAAGACCCUUUUGACAGUAUCUAGGAGUUUGCUGAGUUUGUGCCAGAUCGAGCAAAGACCGAAAGUUUACUCUGGGAUAUGUGUGAAAACAGUAUGCAAAUGCACGGUCCUGGGUUCCUUUGGAGCCAGACUUUUGUGAAUGCGGUAAAAUUAUGAGUUCAUUGAUACUGAUGUUUAAUAUCAUGUUGAAAUAUAUAUAUAUAUAUAUAUAUAUAUAUAUAUAUAUAUAUGCAGACACACAUUUUCCAUGAUGAUACUUGUUCUAAGGAUGCAACAUUUCAUUUGUACCAACCUCUUGUUAUGCAUUUUGCACAUUAUAGGCAUAUUUGAUAUUUAUGUAGUUAGCUUUGUGCUAUGCAAGGAUAGCUUUGAACCAUAUUAUUUAGCUUCUCACCCCUCCUCACUGUCGUUUCCAGUAUAUAUUGUAAAAAGUCAGUUAUGAACUGUUCACCCUAUUUAGCUGUGGGACUGUUUGUCAUUCUGAAAGCAUGUAAAGACGGGUGGUUCAGAUCCGGAAUAAUCUAUUUUAAAGACAGGGUAAUGUGGCAAUAAAAAAAGAUGGAUUGAAAAGAAUAUUUCAGUUAGUGUAUUAUACUAUUUACACAACAGAUAGUAGAUAUAUUUAGAUUGUUUUGUUGCAUCUAAUAAUAUAUUUUUGAU